AUGAAGUUCACUCAAGUUUCCGCUGCUGCCGCUGCCCUCACUUUCGCUAAAUCUGCUUUGGCCGACUCUGACGAGUUCUACGCUUUAAUCAUCCGUAGUGCAUCCAAGUUCCACUACUCCGGUCUCUACGUUGGUGAAGACAACUUGGUCAAGGUUGGUUACGGCCACCCAGCUGUCACCUCUGUUAUUACUGACGACGGUAAGCUCAAGUACGGUUCUAAGUACUGGGUUGCUUUGGAAGAAGGUGUUUUCAGACUAGGUGAGGAAGAAGAAGCUUCUACCGGUUUCUACGCUUCUGGUGGCCACAUUGGUGUCAACGGUUCCGAAUUCUACUGGGCUGCUACCAACGGUUCUGAGUACAUCUUGAGCUACAAGAACAGAGAGGAGCAAAUCCAAGGUGGUAACGGUAUUGUUAUCAGAGGUCAACUAGCUGGUAACAACACCAACGCUACCACCGUCCGUGACUUCCACAAGCCAAACGACACUGACUCCUCCACUGCUGUUACCUCCACCUUGAACCCAGCUGCCACCGCUCUUGUUAGCCAAAUCGGUGACGGUCAAAUUCAAGCCGCUACUUCCACCCCAGUUGUUCAAGCUCACUCUUUGAACGGUGCCAACUUCAACGGUGCUAACCUAUUUGCCGGUGCUGCAGCCGCCGCUAUUGGUUUGUUGAUGUAA